AAAAGAACAGCGAUCGUCGCUUCAACAGCAAUCAUCGUUCUUGCUGGCCGAAAAAGAGCAAGAAUCUGUAGGCAUGGCAUCAUGAUGAAUAUCAAUAUCACAGGUUCAACGAGUGCAAGCCUUUGUCCGACAUCUACAAGAAGGUUGCAAUCUUGAAUUAUUUAGAUUUCGUGCCACCAAGCGUACACGUCGCGUGCAAGGACAAGGAUCCAGUAUUUUAUAUAUCAGCAGUAGCAAAUUAUCAGCCCCCGUGGACUCAUUAUCAAUUACAAUCCUGUCGUUACUCAGGUCAGGACUCAUUUAAGUAAUCAAUUUUAGUUGUAUUUUCAAUAUUCUUCCUUGAGCUACUCGGGCGUUACUCCUUCAUUCAUUGUACUUUUUGAAUAUUCGGGGGCUAUUUUUCUUUUGUGUCGACGACCUCUAAGAGUGUCUCCUGGUUGCUAAAAGCUUGCCAUCAUACAACAAGUUCAAGAUCCAAAGAUCAGAAAGAUGAUAGUCAAAUGCAACAAAACGGGCAAGCUUCUGUUCUCGACCGACGAGGCGCAGCGGCAUGCGGAACAGAUCGGGUCACAAGAUUUCACCGAAGUUGCGGCCGACGCGAAGUUGCUCGUGGACGCAGAGACGAGGCGGCGCUGCUUCUGGUCGCCGGAUGAGUUGCAACGUUUCAAGCAGCGCACAAGGCAACCCGACUUCCAGACAGUAGAAGUGACGGUCCAGGAAUACCAGAAGAUCAUGCAGGAACACGAGCGGAAGUUCCUGAAUGAUCCAAGAGUACAGCUUCGCACGCACUGUUAGCUUUUUGGAAUCGCGAUGACUUCUUUCUAUUUUGUCCAGAUGUAUCAAUCUUCCCCUACAAAUCAAAAUGAUCUUAAUCUGAAAGGAUCAUGAGAAUCUGGGAGCGCAAUUGAAAAUUUUUUUACAAGGUGGCGGAAACUGAUUUACUGAUUACAUUCGUCCCACGUUAUGCAUAGGUUAUCAACUACGCCAAGAAGAAGAUCAUUGAUGCACUGGUCGAAGUGAAGGGCUUCGGCGUGAUCCGCUCGGAGAAAGCCUGCUGGUUCACUGAAAACAAGGGUGUGGCAGAGGCCGAAGCUUGGAUAGAAGCAAACAAGAAUGAUCCCGAGAUAGACAAGCCGAUCCUGCUCCCGGCAGACGCUGCUGGGACGGCCGCCGAGGGUGGCGCCACGUCUUCCAACAUGGACGUCGAUGCUGUAGGAGACCAUGCCGCAGACUCUUCAACAUCCAAUAAACUUCCUACGGAUCCUGACGCAACUGCAAAUGGCGCGUGGCUUAAAGCGAAGUGUACUCACGAAGAUCUCUUCCUCCAAUAAAUAGAUUCAUCAAGGCAAUUCCAUCGUAAAACUAAUAUAAAUAUAGUAGAAUAGUUUAUAGAUGGUGGGAAGGUGGGCACGCUGGGCCGCUGGGCGGCCACGCUUGGCACGUUGGGCGGACCCUUGGCACGCAUGGGGGCACGGUGGGCUCACGCUGGGCCCGUAUGGCGUUGCCCCGCUGCUUCCGCCAAUGUACAGGGCCGCAGUCGAGGGCGGCGCGGCGCUGCGCUCCUUCGCGGACUGGCCACGUUCUCGCUGCUUGCGGUGCUUCGCUGCCGUAUGCAGUACCGCCUGGGUGUGUAUUGUGCGGCGAAGCGCUGCAGAGUGCCUCAGUGCUCUGCUGCAAUGUGCGGCCGGCGCUGCUGAGGGAUAUUCCCAGGCGGGCCAGUAGUUGUGCGCCCCGAUUCGUAUGCACCUUGCUGCAGAUCCAAGAUGCAUGCGCUUACUCUAGCGAGGGGGCUUCAGAAAUGGGCGCCCGAUGAACGCCCCGACUUUCGGCCCCAAGUCUCACGGUGGGCGCACGGUGGGCGAAAUCUUUCGCAGAAGACCCACGUUGGGGUCGCCCCGCGACCCAGCGUGCCAAGCGUGCCCACUGAUCCAAUCCUGGAGAAAGACCCAACUUGUCUAAUCUAGCUAUUAUAUAUGUUUCAGGGUUCAGGGGAGCGGCCCCCCCGAGCGCGGGAGAGGGGGGUGGAUCCCCGGACCCCUUUUGGAGGCGUGUGCCGUGGGUGGAAGGCUUCCAAAGGGGUCCAACUCCAAGGGGCCUCCUCCACUCCCUUCCAGCUGCCUGCAUGUACCAUACGGACUUCCUAUGUGCUCGCCCCUCGCCGAGGCAGCAUGGUGCCGGGCGUGGAAGGCCUCCGGAGGCAGCAAAAAGCGCAAGGCUGGACCCCCUGAGCCGCGUGGCUUGUACCCUCCGGGCCCUUGGGCAUCGGCUUGCUGGCUCUUGCCGCGCAUUUCAUAAGGGCAACCCAGCAAAAAAGCCAGGCCCCGAGCCAGUGGCUGCCUUCGGCGGCCUUCUACUAACCCCGGCGGCCUCUUGCGUGUGAUGAUCGGCAGAGGCCGGGAGAUCAGUCGGGAACCUGCAAAGAGGCGCAAGGGGGCGCCCGCUCCCAGUUUUGAGGCCUUCCACCCCGAGAACCCACGAAAAGCAGCGCGGAAAAGAGCGCGCAAGCGCCACCACAGGGCCAUCCACAGGUGGGGGGCCGUGCGUCCUUGUAUCAUAUAGAUACAAAUAUCGAAGCAAUGUAGACUGUAUGGCUCUGGUAUUUGGUAACCUGAAUUGGAUCACAAGGAUUCUCUUCUUGUUUUCCUUAUGAUCGAAUUCAGGUUACCAAAUGCCAGAGCCAUGCAUAGACUAAAUGAUCACGAAGAUAGCAGGUGGGAAGGUGAGCGCAUCGCACUAGCAAGCUGCAGCUGGAAGAGAUUUGAAUAGUCAUUGAUGUUUAUCUGUCAAUUGGGAAGUGCAAGAAGUAGCAGCCUCCUCUGGUGUUUUGGCAUUGGCAAUAUCUCAUUACCAGGUAACCAAAGCCUAGUUACGUCUCUUCAGGAGAUGGGAUUCGGGCAGAUUCGAGCGGAAAAGGCGUGUUACUUCACAGAUGGCGUAUCGCUAGAACACGCGAUACAGUGGAUGACAGAUCACGAGAAGGACGCAGAUAUAGACGCUCCGAUUACACAGGUGAUAAAGUGCAAUCCGUCAGAAAAGUGACCCAUGGAUGAAGCAUCUGUAAAAAGUGCGAUGACUUAGAAGAAUUGAUGCAAUAAAGCGGUUGUGGUUAUUUGUUACAUUUUUUGGAAUUUUGUAAUUCCUCUCCUUCAUUCUCACAAAUCCAGGAACCGGCACCAUCCGCACCUGCGAAACCGAAGUGUAUGGAGAAAUAGCAAUGAAUAGGCUUUCGCUUGUCCUCACGACGUGAUUUAACUUUUAUUGACCUCGAUUGAUUUUGAUUAUUUAUAAUCACAUUACAACAUACUAUUCUCACUGCCGUUCUUUCCCCUUACACAUGCCACGGCCAACCUCAAUACAUUCGUAUAUGAACGUUUCUUUGAGAAUCUUUCCACUUCGAAGUGGAUUCUUUAAUCUUAAAAUGAGUUUCCAAUGCUUACUCCUUUUUUCAUACCCAUGACGAAAGAGGAAGCUGAAAAAGCCGCGUUAGCAUUGCAACAGCGACUGAAGGAGGAACGAGAAGCGCGAGAGAAACAAGAGGCGAAGGACAAAGAGAAGGCCCGCAUAGAAAGUCAGAAGAUGAUGCAGGAAACGAAUGCGAUUCUGCAAGAAGAGCAGCGAAAGCGGGACAUUGAGCAAAGAAACUUAAGGCCUUCCAACAUGCAGCUUUGAUAGAACUAGAUGGUUCAACUUCAUCAAUUCGGAAUGCAUAUUGCACAUCAACAAACUGCUGUCGAACUACUACACAGCGUUUUCAUUUCGAUAUGAUUUCACGCCUGAACAAUAAUUUCUUAAGUUUUAUCCAUCUGCUUGCUUUUCCGACAACAUUCUUGAACGAAGAUGUUCUAAGAAAACGCGAGAAGAGUGCGCACGACGAGCACGCAGCACAGCUGAAAGAACAACUUCGGCUCGAUUAUAUUGAGCGCUUCGGACACGAACCGCCGCCAGAGGAAGAACAGAAAAAGGAUGACAUCAAGGCCAAGCCGAGUAAACAGCAGCUAACUUUCUGGCUUCAGGCUAUGCGAAAGGAGCAUGCGGCUACAAAAUUAAGGCUUCCCCUCAUCCAUCGAUCUUCCGAAGAGUCAUCCUAGGCAAGAGCCCUCGCGAGGCGAAAAGAGGCCCAGGAUGUACCUCGAGAUGGAUUAGGGCGAGCUCUAACAAAACCUGCGGAGCUGAAACUCUGUCUAACGACUAUCAAGACCUUUGCUAAAAACUGCCAUGACAACGUACUUCGUUUUGUAGAGCUAGUAGGUCAUUGUUAAUACUCUUUUCUUCAUUAAUCUCGAAAUAUUACCGUGAUCACAUAGUUACUUCCACCCAUGCUGGUGCAUUGCUUAUAUGUAUCUAUAUAUGUACCAGGGAGGGAGGCCCCCCCCUGUGGCUGGAUCUAUGGUGGACCACGCCAGCAGAGGGGUCCAGCCUUGCCACCUUUGCCAGGUCUGUCGGGUACAUGCAGCACGCCAAGGGGGUGGGUCCCGCCUUGCCUCCUCUGCCCGCUCUGUCGGGUACCUGCAACACGACAAGAGGGCCCAGCCUUUGCCACCUUUACCAGGUCUGUAGAGUACACGCAACAAGCCAGCGGGGUCCUGCCUUGCCUCCUUUGCCAGCUUCAACGUCCUCCGGUUUGGUGGCGCUCUAGGGUACAGGCAAGAAGCGGGAAGGGGUCAGAGCUGGGCGCUUUGAGGCCUUCCCGCCCGGCAGCCCCUCGAAAAGAGGGUCCGGGGCUGGGAGGCCCCCCCCUCAAAAAGUUAGAUCGGGGGGGCCUUCAGCCCUGAGUCAUGGAGUAUAUAUCUGAAUAUCUAUUAUUCAAUUCCCGACAUCUGUCUCUCUUGAGUAGAGAAGGAUUAUCUCACAUCUCGUCACAGCCCGAAGAGAAGAAAUACCAAGUAUUGAAGAAAGCGGGCAAGGCAUUCACUGAGCGCAUCGCGCCCAUUCCCGAAGCAAUAGAGCUCUUGAGAGUCCUCGGAUUCAAAGACGAUGCUGACCCUUCAGUAAUGGCCAUUGCGAACCAAGUAGACGGUUUCCUCAUGGCGGAGUGUGUCAAAUUCGUGGAUCUUAUUUUGAACAAGCUCUAGUAACUUUUUCUUUGAGGCUCAGGGCGCUUAUACUAGUUCUACAAGAAUUAUAGAAGGAGAUACAAAAAUAUUACAUGAAAAAGUGGAGGAUUUCCAUAUAGGAAAAGAGACGACAUUAAUGUAAAUUCGAUUUGGUCGUUGUAAACAGCAGACCAUCACAGCCCCUAAAAAACCAUUUCGAAAGCCCGGAAUGAUAUUAUCAAGGAACCUCUAUUCCUCAGCCAGUUCAACAACGCUUGUGCACCAACUAGAAUACACGUCGCUCGUGCCCACACCGAUUUCAGCUGACAAGUUUUUCAAUUGACUAACAGACCAGUAUGGUCCUCGUGACGACCCGUAGCUGUUGCGCCAGAGGUAAC